AUGCAGCCCAAGGCGGAGGAGCCCUUCUGCUCCCCCAGCCUGAGCACCCCCAGCUACCACAGGAAGGCAGGAGUCCCCCUCAUGGAUCUAAAGACCACAGAGGAGAUGGCGACUCAGAGAUUGGGCAGGCCUGUCAAGUGCUCGAGGCAGUACCUGCGACAGGUUAUCACAGAAUAUGAGGCGCUAGAGAGGAAACUCCCGCGCAUCCGGAAAUUCUCCUCCCCACCCACUGCCCAGCCCCUCUGCCUCUGCAUGGAGACCUCGGAGGACUUCAACCACAAGGAGGUGUUGGAGGCGUUGGAGGCGGAGCUGCCUGGGGCCGCAGAGAAUGAGCUCAUCAGCAGCAUCCGCUAUGAGAACAUGAAUGUCAUCUGCGGGACCUCAGGCCUCCUUGACCGGUGGCACGUCACCGUCGCCGACGUGCAGACGCUGUCGCACCUGCUGCGCUCGGGCAUCAGCCCCCGCGGGAUCGCGCACCCACUCGUGCGCCACGACGACCUGCUCCUGAGUGACUACCGCCUGUACCAGUGUCGCUUGCUGGCGCGACAGCGCCUGAUCGAGGCCCUGGGGAUGGAGCCUGCCGAGGAAGACUGACGUAGGGGUGGGGCUUGGCAGUGCCUGGUGGGCACAGGG